AUGGUAAUGUGGGCUGAUGUCACUCAUCCCAGGACGGGCGAAGAUAAAAAUUGCCCAUCAAUGACUGGUGUUGUCGCUACUUGUUCCAACGAUUCCAUUUACUAUCUACCUCCAGUGCGCUUGCAAGAUAGUGAUACAGAGGUAAGUCGAUAGCCUUUCAGUAUGCAUGACUUUCAUACUAAUUAGUAUACACAAUAGUCCAUUGUAUAUCUCCGGGCAUGGUUGUGGAACGUCUAGAAGCAUACAAAGCGUGGCCCAGGACAGGUUCUUUCCCAGAUGACCACAUCAUUUUCUACCGCAAUGGCUGCGGCGAAUCUCUGUACGGCAUGGUCAAGGAUGAAGAGCUUCCCAUGAUCCGAGGUGCAUUCACCAACAUUACGGGAGUGCCUAGGAACCGGGCCCCAAAAGUCACGCCUCUUGUGGUGGGUAAGCGUCAUAAUGCUAGGUUCUUCCUCUAUGAUGCGAAUUGACUAGGCAAUUUGCCAGCUGGAUCAGUAUUCGACAAAGAGGUGAUCCAUCCGAGACAUAUGGAAUUCAAAUUGCAGAGUCAUGACUCUCAUCUAGGGACAGCCAAAACCAGCCUUUAUGUUAUGAUUAUUAACGAGAGUGGAUAUAAUCUCAAUGAACUCGACUCCAUCAUGAAUUAUUCCCUACUCGUCGAACACAUCUCUCCAACUCCUUACACAAUAAAAAAAACGUUUCACAUAUUCUAACCAACCCAAACUACAGACAAAAAAACCAUGUUUCACCUGCUCCGGCGGAACCACAGGUCUCUCGAUCUGCACACUAACUCGGUGUAUAUGCUGAUAUUCUCUGUGACAGACUUUGCUGCUACAUGAAUCCGGUAUUGACUGCCCCGCAUGAAUAUUUCGAAUUCGAUGCCCAUAAUAUCCAUGGAUGAUAAUCAUCUAAAUAGCUAUCGACGGAAUGAAACUGUUUGGGUCGGAGCGCCUGUGGUUGUAACUACUACUAAGCCUCUGCAAGAGAGGAACCCAUUGGUUAAUCCGUGUUCGGAGGUUCUUGAGGAUUACAUGUUCUUUCUUUGAGCGGAAGCGACGGAGAUGGGAGAGGUUAUUGCGCUCCGGGUUGAUGGUCAUAUUUUGGAGUUCAUACAGGAGUCUGGUUAUUUAUCCCGACU